CACACCACCAUGUCGGCGCUCUCCAAGAUCGCCCAGCUCGAGCAGGCGUUGACGGAAACCCCGUCCGACCCGAACCCGCUCCUCCCGCUCCUCGCGGCGGCACGGCACGCGGACCCCGAGGUCGCGCACAAAGCUGCCUGGGCGGCCUACCGUGUCUUCGGGGCGCAGCUCGCCGCCGGCCGCGUGGGCGGCAUCACGGGCGAGCCCGGCGCGGCCGGCGAAGCAAAGGACGCGCGCGCAUGGCUCCGCGACCGCCUGCUGGACUUUAUCGGCAUUUUGGGCGGCAUGCUGAGCGACUCGGAAGCGUCGUUGCGCGCAUCCGCGACGCAGCUCCUCUUCGGCCUCCUCCCGCCGCUGAGCGCGGCCGCGCGUGUGCCCCUUCACCUCCCGUACUUCCGGAUGGUGGUGCGCGCGCUCCUCCUCCCGCAGCCGAGCCAGCGCGGCGCAAAAGGCAAGGGGAAGAGCAGGGAGAUCCUUCCCGAGGCGCAGGAGAACGGGGCCGGCGAGCUUCCCGCCGACGUGGUGGAGACCGUCGUCGACGAGUACUGGGCCGCAUACGAUGAUCUGCGCCUCUUCUUUUUCCGCGAGGUGGCGGCGCUCGUAGCCGCCAACGAGGUCGGGCAAGAGGCCGUGAUGGCGCAGCUGGCGCCGCUCACAAACCUCCCGAAGAAGCAGGAGGACAUCAACACGUUUUUCGUGCCGGGGCUCGAAGCGGGCGAAGAGAAGAGCAAGAAGGCCAAGACGGGCGCGAAGAAAAAGGGCAAGGGCAAGGACAAGGAGCUGGACGCCCUGCCGGAGUGGAUGGAGACGUACGACUCGGCGUCGUCCGACGACGAGCCGGCGGGCGGCAAGCGCAAGCGCACGUCGGCGCUCGGCACCGCGGCGGCGGUUCACUCGCUUGCGGCGCACACGAACGCCUACACUUCGGCAUGGGAGGCUGUGCUCUCCCGCCCCCUCAGCGAGGCGUGGACGCGCCGCGUCCUCGCAGGCCUGCACGGGGAGCGCGGCGUGCUCGCGCACUGGGCGCCGGCGCGCCGCGUCCGCCUCGCCGACUGGCUCGGCGGCACAGUCGACGCGGGCGGCGCGCACGCCCUGCUCGCCAUGAACGGCCUCUUUGUCCUCAUGACCGCGUACAACCUCGACUACCCCCGUUUCUACGAGCGCCUGUACGCGCUCCUCGACGGCGAGGUGCUGCACGCGCGCUACCGCGCGCGCUUCUUCCGUCUGCUCGACACGUUUUUGCGCUCGCCCAUGCUUGGCGCGGCGCUCGUCGCGGCUUUCAUCAAGCGCCUCGCGCGUCUCGCGCUCGCCGCCCCGCCCGCGGGCGCCGUCCUCGUCAUCCCCUUCGUGUACAACCUCUUCAAGCGGCAUCCGGGGACGAUGGGCAUGCUCCACCGGCUGCCGGAUGAGAUGGAGGGAGACCCGUAUGAUGAGAACGAGGUCGUGCCUGGUAAAUCCAAGGCGAUUGACAGCUCGGUCUGGGAGCUGGCCGCGCUCAAGAACCAUUAUCUCGCGAGCGUGGGGACCAUGGCUAAGAUCUUCAGCGAGCAGUUCACAAAGCCAGAGUUCAACCUUGAAGAUUUCCUCGACCACGGAUACGGCACUCUCUUCGAAACAGAAACAAAACGUCGCAUCAAAAACGCGCCCGCGCUCAGCGUGCAACUUGAGCUCGGGCAACCUGCAGACAUCGCACCGCUGUUCCCCUCGGCAGGGCACGAGGGCGAGCGCGAUGCGGUGAGCGAGCUAUGGGCGUUCUAGACCGGGCGGAUCAGAUGGCGGGAUGAUGCUGCACACAGGGUUUUUAGAUACAAUACAUGUACUAGGUCAUGGCGAUUUGUCACUGUGACCGUUCAGG